UAAAAUUGUACGAGGAUGGCUUCACUUCUCAGUUCCCUCUUUGCCUUUCAUCUCAUUGUUAUCAUGUCAAGUUCCUUAACCAUGACAAAUGGUGAGUUCUCAAAGCAGUCUGCUACGUAUCCAUCCACAAAACCCAUGGAAAAAAUCACCCAACUCCACUUCUAUUUCCAUGACAUAACAGGUAAAAACCCAACUGCUAUGCAAAUUAUAGGACCCCCUAAUGGUUCCAUUGGUGGUUUUGGGACCACUUUCAUGAUGGAUGACCCCUUAACUGAAGGACCAAGUCCAAGUUCGAAGCUCAUUGGAAGAUCUCAGGGAAUAUAUGCUUUGGCUUCUCAACAUGAGAUUGGGUUGCUCAUGGUCCUGAAUUUUGUCUUCACUGAAGGUAUAUAUAAUGGCAGCACCCUCAGCAUUCUUGGGAGGAAUCCUACUAUGGAAAAAGUUAGAGAAAUGCCUGUUGUUGGCGGUAGUGGGGUCUUCAGAUAUGCAAGGGGUUUUGCUUUGGCUAAGACAUAUAUAUUUAAAGCUAAUUCUGGUGUUGCAAUUGUUGAGUACAAUGUGUCUGUUCUGCAUGUUUGA